AUGUCUCAACAAUCAAAUAAACAAGGCUCUUCUUCUCACGAGAAGAAACGGUUGAAAUCAUCUUCAGUUGACCUUAUUAAACGUAAGAAGAAGAAACAUACCCCAAAGGAAGUGGAAGUCCUUAAAGCUGAACACUAUAAUUCUGUAAAGCAAGUUCUUCAGCUAUUGAAAUCCAAGAACAGUCAAACUGAGGCUUCCACUUCAGUAACCAAGAAUCAAAAGAAAAGGUCAUCAAAGAAGAAGACUGAUUUGCCUGAUGUCACUGUUCCGCACAUCAGACUCAUUCUGGAGAAUGUCAGUGCUCGGUUGAAGGACGAAACAUUGCAAGAUGAGUCCGGUCAAUUACCACCUCCAUUGGAAAUCAAAAAAGGCUUUAAAAACAAAGCAACAAUUGAUUGA